UGGUGAAGGAGGAGGGGUGUGAGGAGGGUCUGGGGAACCCUGAGGGGACCAUGUUCAUGGAGGACAACCAGACUACACCACCUCCUGAACCCACAAAGGAACCAGCUGAGCAGCACAGGACCACACACAGUCUCACUGAGUCAGUAGACAUGGAGGAUGGGAAGCCUGAUCUGCUGCUAGUCAAAGUGGAGACGAUAGAGGAUGGACCAGAGAGCAUUGAUCUGCUGAGUGGAAUAAAGAUGGGGGAGCAAGGUGGUUGGCUGGAGGCUAACAGAGGAGACUGGGCGACCAUUUUGGAUUCCCAGACCCAGACCGGUGCAGCCAAGAGCCCAGGGGACAACAUCACUGAGCAGGGCAGGACCAGAGGCCACAUAGUGGAGGUCAGUGGAUGGGACAGCAUCCUCAACUCUGGGCUGGGUAACAACACUGUUAACCACAACCAGAAACAGACAUUCGAACACAAAACAACAACCGAUCUUAGUCUCCAUGACAACAGACUGGCUGAGACCAGUGCGAGGCGCAGAUUUGGUCCGCGGGGACGGGGACGUGUCUGUAUGCGGCGGGAGAGAACAGAAACGGACUCUGCUAGUGAUGCUCCGUCCUGCUCCUAUAGUUGUGAUUCAGAGACACUGAUGGUGCCUCAGGUUAACCCCCUAACAGGUGCUGCCCUCAGCCUGCCUUCUAUAGGAUCUAUCAACUGGAACAUGGACCCUGCGACAACACAGACACUCCCUGGCCUUCAUCCUCCUCACACUCUCCUUAUGUUAAACCAGACCUCAGACAAUGCCAGUGCUUCACCAGUAAAUGGCUACACAAGCCGAUUGACAAAUGACAGUAGUAGUAACGCUAUCAGUAGAUCCGGUGGCAAAGAGAAGCGCUUCCCGUGUUCGUUCUGUGGGAAAGCCUUCAGUUUCUACAAACAGGUGGAGAUCCACCAGAGGAUGCACACGGGUGAGAAACCAUUCGGCUGCCACCUGUGCCGGGCCACUUUCUCCCAAUCAUCCAGCCUGAAGAGGCACCAGAGAGUCCACACAGGGGAGAAACCCUACAGUUGCCCCCAGUGUGAGAAGAGGUUCUCCCGCCAGCACCAGCUGAAGAUGCACCUGAAGGUCCACACGGGAGAAAGGCCAUUCGACUGUAAGCACUGUGGGAAGAGGUUCUCAGAGGGGAGAUACCUCAAGAUGCACCAGCAGAAAAACCAUUCCACUCUAUAACAUAGAAAGUAACCAUUCCACUCGAUAGCUUUUGAAGUUAAGAUCAAACCCUGCAUUAAAGGUAGACUCAGCGAGAUGACAUAGAUGCAUAAAGUAAACAGCAGUAGUGGGUCAAUUUCCACAACAACUAAGAGCGUUGAAGUGCAAGGCCCAGACAUUGUGUGAUAUAUAAGGCAAAUAAUACAAUAUUGUGUUACAGCCUGAAUUUAAAAUGUAUUAAAUGUAUAUGUUUUGUUACUGGCCUACACAGA